AUGCAAGGAGAAGAGAAAGCAGAACGUACAGGACUAAUCGCUCAUAACAAGCGGACAUUAUUAGCUAUAGAUCAGGUUCUUUCAUAUUCUGAAAUUAAACAACAUUGGACUUUGAACUCUACGUUUCAAAAUUUCGAUAUGACUUUAUUGGGGUUGCAAGAGGAAGAUUUAUAUAUACAAAUUGAAGGUUAUUUGCGUGAUCUCAGCAUAUCUAAAGAAGAAAUAUUAUCUACGGUUGAAAAUCAAUUAAUCAAGAAAUGCGAGGAAAUAGCUAAAUUUUACUAUAAAGAAGAACCGAAUAAAAAGCUCUUAUUCGCAAAAGCGACACAACUAAAUAAAAUUGUGAGCUCUCGGAUCGAACAUCUACGCCUUGCGAAUUUAGACGCGUUAAAUGAUAAAAAUCGUCUAGCCGAACUUCUUGCAGAUUAUCUGAAGGUAAUUAAUGAGAUUUUGGCCGAUCUCUGGAGCAUGCUUGAAGAAUUCAAGUAUCGCCAUGAAUUUGAGAAAAAUACUACUUUCGGUGAUUAUUUUUCAAGUAUUGUAAGGAAUAUUCUUUUGAAAUUAAGAGUUCUUAGGAUAAACGCUUUGAUUACCAUCUAUGACCCAGACACAAAUGAAGCUCUUGCAUCCAUUCGUGAUCAUUUACGUGUCGAGGAAAAUGAGAAAAGUAAACUAUUGCGGGAAUUAAACACGAAACUCACAGAUUACCAGAUCAUUGGAGGAGAAUUUGAAAAAGUGGUACAAGAGUAUGCUGAAAUAAUCAAAGAAAUCGAAGUGGCCGAAGAUGAUAUUCGUAGAAUAACCGAGUAG